GUUUUUGCCAUGUGGAAGGUUCUUGUGCUCUGUUUGCUGCGGGCAUGGGCGGCAUUGUAGUAAACUCGCGGUGAUGAGUGAAAGUGAAAUAUGCAAUGAGUACCAAGUGAGUAAGUACUAAGUACUCGUGUGUAGCAGAAAAGAGCAGCCGCAAUUGAGGCCGGGGUUACCGAAAACAUGUCUGCAUCUUCAUCGCGCCUGCCUACGUUUCCCGACGCUCAACAGGCUCAAAUUAUAAGGGCGAACCAGAGAGAUUUGUUCCAUGUUGCAUCGUUGAGGGAACAAGCAGAGUCAGUACUUCGAUCGUGGCUUGGUACACGGUGGCUCACGCGAUGGGACAAGGAGGUCGAGCUAGGUGUGAAACUCAUGUACUACGGACUAUCUGUUGGUCGAGCUGUCCAGACUCUCGGGGAGGAAUACACAGAUAUCUGGGAAUACUCCUUUGAUGGAAGAACACCCUCGCGUUCUCUCCGAGCAGCGCUUAUCCUCCUCCCUACGCUUCCUUCGUAUGCUCUGGCGCGUUGGGGUUCCCACAUUGGUGCCCUGAGCCCGAGAAUGGGCGGGUUGCUCAAGGCGCUACAGGUGUGUUUGGAAGUAGGGACGGAAAUCAACCUAGCGUUGUUUUAUCUGCGGGGCACGUACUAUGAUCUAGUGAAGAGGGUGUUGAGAAUUCGACAUGUGUCUUCCAUCCCAGAGAACCCUCAUGCUCGCCCGCCGUCAUAUUCAUUGCUUGGAAUACUCAUUGCGAUACGCCUUCUCCAUCGACUUGUUACAUUUUUACGCAGUAGAUCUCAAGCUGCUUCGGAAAAGUCCUCAGGGAAGCGUUCGCUGGACUCGAUGAAUGAGAUGUUCAUUGACGAUCGGCCUGUUUCAACCUUACUCGGCGUCUCUGCCUCCGAGUCUGAUGUGAAACCAGCGGAAGAGGACGAGAACACAAUCUUAGAUAUCACAUCGAUACCUUCGCGUCAGCGGGCAGGGAGGACGUGCACACUCUGUCUAGAAGAACGAACUGAUAGCUGUGCAACCGAGUGUGGGCACUUAUUUUGUUGGGGGUGCAUUGUAGGAUGGGGGCGGGAGAAGGCAGAGUGUCCUUUGUGUAGACAGGCACUUAGUCUUACGAGGUUAUUGCCGAUUUACAAUCUAUAGUUUGAUGUCGUAUUUUGUUCUGUUCUGUUGUACUAUCAGGUUGUCCUCAUGCGUAGCACGAACGUUUGCUGAGGUACAUCAGUAGCAGCACAAAAUUAUUAUGAUACAUUGUAAGAGCACAUCAUAUACCGGUGUGUGCAGAAAGACAAGGUUUUACAUGAACAGAGCCAAUAUAUCAUACCACCUGUUGGAUGAGGGUAAUGUUAUCGCCUUUUAGUAGUAUACG